AUGUCUGCACCUCCCUACGACGGGCCUGGCCAGUAUUCCGCCGAGCAGCAGCAGCAGCAGCAGCAGCAGGACCCGUCGGUCCAAGGCGGCUUUGCUCCACUGGAUGCCGCGGCCGCCCCGUCGAAAAAGAAGAAGAGAGGCUACGCUGCGCAGGCUUUCGAGGUUGGGGCCGGCGCCAACGCUGCUGUUGGCGGCCAGUUGCCAGGCGGCGGCCAGCAGUAUGGAAUGCCUGCCGCCCAACAGCCUGCCGCUGCCGUGUAUGGAGGCUAUCCCCAACCCGAUGUUCAGCAAGCUGUCGUUGGCCAAGGCUACCAGUACUCUCAAGGCGGGCCCCAGCCUCAGCAGCCAGCGCCCUACGGCGGAUAUCAAGCUCCCGACCAAGGAUACAGCAAUGCUGCCGCUCUGUCCGGUGCGGCGGGCGUUUCAGCAAUCACCCAAGGCAUGGGCGGGAUGCAGGUCGGUGGACAGCCUCAACAACAACUGUACCAGCAGCCAGGAGCUGCUGCUACAGCUCAGCAACCCGCUCGAGCUGGCCCUCUUAACCAGCUCUAUCCCACCGAUCUGAUGAACAACCCCUUCUCUGUGUCGGAACUAGACUUGCCGCCGCCGCCAAUCGUGUUGCCACCAAACUCCAGCGUAACUCCUUCUCACAACGCCAAUUGCUCGCCACGGUACAUUCGCUCCACCCUCAACGCCGUUCCUACGACCAACUCGCUGCUGAAAAAGUCCAAACUGCCGCUUGCCCUCGUCAUUCAGCCGUAUGGCGCGCUGCACGAUGAUGAGGACCAGAUUCCCGUUGUGCAGGACCAGGUUAUCGCGCGCUGUCGCCGUUGCAGAACCUACAUCAACCCUUUUGUCACCUUUCUGGACCACGGCCAUCGCUGGAGAUGCAACAUGUGCAACCUCAGCAACGACGUUCCUCAAGCAUUCGAUUGGGACGCUGCGGCCCAGCAGGCCGUCGACAGGAUGCAACGACCUGAGCUCAACCACUCCGUCGUGGAAUUCGUGGCGCCUCAGGAGUACAUGGUCCGUCCGCCACAGCCCCUGGUCUACCUGUUCCUCUUCGACGUGAGCCACGCUGCAGUCUCAAACGGCAUGCUGGCAACCAGUGCCCGCACCAUUCUCGACAGCCUCAGCAGAAUACCCAAUGCCGAUAGACGCACCAGGCUUGGAUUUCUCGCAGUGGACAGCAGCUUGCACUACUUCUCCAUACCCAAGGACGAGGAUGAGAACGCCGAAACCAACAUGCUGGUCGUCAGCGACCUGGAAGAGCCGUUUCUCCCGGUCCCUCACGACCUGCUCGUCUCCUUGACCGAAAGCCGUCAGACCAUUGAAAAGUUCCUGCAAAGGCUGCCGGACAUGUUUCAGAGCAACCACAGCAACGGCUCCUGCAUGGGCUCCGCCCUCCGAGCCGGCCACAAGCUCAUUUCCGCUCUUGGCGGCAAGAUUGUCGUCCUGACCGCCUCGUUACCCAACAUUGGCGACGGAAAGCUCGAGAUGAGAGAAGACAAGAAGCUUUUGGGCACAUCGAGAGAAGGAGGGCUGCUGCAGACUGCCAACAGCUUCUACAAGAGUUUCGCGGUCGAGUGCUCCAAGAACCAAGUCUCGAUUGACAUGUUCCUCUUCUCCUCGCAGUAUCAGGACGUGGCCUCGCUGAGCAACCUGCCGAGAUAUACCGGCGGCCAGACCUGGUUCUACCCUGGCUGGCACGCCUCACGCCCAGAGGAUGCUCUGAAGUUCGCGUCCGAGUUCAGCGACUACCUCUCGUCCGAGAUUGGUCUCGAGGCCGUGCUCCGUGUCCGUGCCACGACGGGCUUGCGGAUGAAUGCAUUCUACGGCAACUUUUUCAACCGCAGCUCUGACCUGUGCGCGUUCCCAGCCUUUCCCCGUGACCAGUGCUACGUGGUGGAGGUGGCCAUUGAGGAGAACCUCAGCAAGAACUUUGUGUGCUUGCAGGCUGCCGUGCUUCACACCACGUGCAACGGAGAACGCCGCAUCAGAGUGUUGACCCUGGCUCUCCCCACGACCGCGAACCUUUCCGACGUUUACGCGUCCUCGGACCAGUGCGCCGUCACUGCCUACUUCAGCCACAAAGCGGUGGAGCGGACUCUUGACAGCGGCCUGGAAGCGGCCAGGGACGCGCUGCAAGCCAAGCUCACGGAACUGUUGCAGACGUUCAAGAAGGAACUCGCGGGUGGCAGCAUGGGCGGCGGCGGGCUCCAGUUCCCCGCCAACCUGCGCGGCCUGCCAGUGCUGUUUCUGGGCCUGAUCAAGCACGUCGGCCUCCGCAAAUCAACCCAGAUUCCCUCGGACAUUCGCUCGGCGGCCCUGUGCCUGCUCUCGACGCUGCCGGUGCCGUUGCUGACGAGAUACAUCUACCCCCGAAUGUACUCGCUGCAUGACAUGCCGGACAAUGCCGGGACGCCCGACGAGGUGACGGGGCAAAUCGUUUUGCCCCCGGCCAUCAACCUGUCAUCGGAGCGCCUCGUUACGUACGGCCUGUACCUCAUCGACGACGGCCAGACCCAGUUCCUGUGGAUUGGACGCGACGCCGUUCCUCAGCUUGUCGCCGAUGUUUUUGGCGUCGAGGAUCGCACGCAGGUGCAGGUUGGCAAGAGCCGGGUUCCGGAGCUGGACAACGACUUUAACGAGAGAGUCAGGGCCGUUAUCCAAAAGAGCAAGGACCACAAGUCUCUGGGAGUGGGAAGCAUUACGGUGCCGCAUCUGUACGUGGUCCGAGAAGAUGGAGAGCCAAGUCUGAAGCUCUGGGCUCAGACCCUGCUGGUGGAAGACCGCGCAGAUCAAGGGGUCAGCGCGGCUCAAUGGCUCGGUGUGUUGCGGGAGAAGGUUGUGCAAUGA